AUGGAUAACACUUUGAAAAACAUCUCGUUCUCCGAGAAUACCUCAAUCUUUGAGAACUCCACAGACGACUGGACACCAGAUGGAGAGGAAACAGUGCAUUUCAUUCUUCGAUGCGUGAUUCCUUCGGUGUAUAUACUUAUAAUAACGAUUGGUCUGCUGGGCAACAUAACACUUGUGAAAAUAUUCAUCACCACGAGCGCGAUGCGAAGUGUACCCAACAUUUUCAUUUCCAGCUUGGCCGUGGGAGAUAUUUUGCUUUUGGUCACUUGUGUGCCCGUGGACGCGAUCCGGUAUUUCUACGAGGAGUGGAUAUUUGGAACGGUGGCUUGUAAGAUGAUCCCUGUGAUUCAGCUCACCUCGGUCGGCGUCUCGGUGUUCACUCUCACGGCGCUGAGCGCGGACAGACACAAAGCUAUUGUGAACCCACUGGACAUCCAGACCUCCAGCGCCGUAUUCUGGACCUGCUUGAAGGCCGUCACCAUUUGGAUCGUCUCGGUGCUGUUGGCUGUACCAGAGGCUGUCUUCUCGCAGGUGGUUCACAUGCCCUACAAGAACACGACGUUCACCGCCUGUGUGCCGUAUCCCCUCUCUAAUGAGCUGCAUCCCAGGAUUCACUCAAUUAUGAUAUUCCUAGUCUACUUCCUCAUUCCUCUGAGCAUUAUCUCGGUCUACUACUAUCACAUCGCAAGGACACUUAACAAGAGUGCUCAUGAUAUGCCUGGUGAGAUUAGCGAGCACUCCAAAAGACAGACGGAAACAAGAAAGCGUCUUGCCAAGAUCGUCCUGGUGUUCGUGGGCCUCUUCGCGCUGUGCUGGUUCCCAAACCACGUCCUCUACAUGUACCGCUCCUUCAACUAUCGACAAAUCGACUCAUCGCUGUUGCACCUCAUCAUCACGCUCGUGGCGCGCGUGCUAAGUUUCUCCAGCUCCUGCGUGAACCCCUUUGCCCUUUACCUGCUGAGCGAGAGCUUCCGCAGGCACUUCAACAACCAGCUGAUGUGUAGACGUCGCAAAUACCAAGCGCGCAACAGCAGUUACCUCCAGAGCACCACUGCCAUGCGCAUGACCUCUAUCAGGAAGAGCAUACCUGCUGUUGCCAAUGGACACGGACAAAAGACAUUUAGCGUCUGA